UUCAGUCACUCAAGGAAACCGGAGACAUCUGCUCCUAUUCUCCACUUUCCUUCUUUGUCCUCAAAACCCCCCUGCCCUAAACCCCACACCCUUCUUCUUUGCAAUCCCCAAAACCCUAAUUAGAUCCCCGCCAUACCUGAUCAUGUCAGCGUUACUGCCAUCUCGCUCCCGUUUCUUCUCAAUCAUCUCCAGGAAUAACCGUCGAUUUUCCUCGAAUGUAGCCACUGAACCCCCGAAAGAAACCAUUCUCUCUUCCUCGAUCCUCGGUGAUCAGCCACCCCCCAGUGAUCCGCCGCCGGCAUCAGAGGCAGAGAAGACCUCUUGGAGCUUUCUCAAGUAUGGUAUUGUGGCCGCCCUCACCGGUGGUCUUGCCACUGCUGGCUAUGCUACCUAUGCAUACUCAUUGGAUGAGAUUGAUCAAAAAACUAAAGUCCUUCGUGCAUCUGCAAAGUACACCAUUGGGGAUGACGCAUCUUCUUUUGACAAAUAUAAAGCUUAUGUACGUGCUGCUGCAAUGACAGUGCCUGCUAAGGUAGUCGAGGUGUAUCUUGAUUUGAGGAGGUUGGCGGAAGAACAAGUUCGGGGUUUUACUGAACCUACAUCAGAUAAGCUCCUGCCAGAUUUGCAUCCUUUGGAGCAGCAUGUUUUUACCCUUGUUCUUGAUCUAAAUGAGACAUUGAUAUAUUCUGAUUGGAAGCGUGACAGAGGAUGGAGAACGUUCAAAAGACCUGGUGUAGAUGCUUUUCUGGAGCAUUUAGCUCAAUUUUAUGAAAUUGUAGUAUACUCUGACCAACUAAAUAUGUAUGUUGAUCCUGUUGCUGAAAGAUUGGACCCAAAGCACUGUAUCCGCUAUAGGCUCUCAAGGGGGGCAACAAGAUAUAUUGAUGGCAAGCACUACAGGGACCUUUCAAUGCUAAACAGGGAUCCGGCAAAAAUUCUAUACAUUAGUGGCCAUGCUCUAGAAAGUAGUCUUCAGCCUGAAAAUUGUGUCCCAGUAAAGGCAUGGCAAGGGGAAGCAGAUGACACUGCUCUUUUAGACCUGAUUCCAUUCCUAGAGUAUGUAGCCAAACACCGGCCAGCUGAUAUUCGAACUGUUCUAGCUUCAUACCAGGGUCGUGAUAUUGCAAAAGAGUUUGUCGAGCGAUCCAAAGAGCAUCAAAGGAGGAUGCAAGAGCAAAAGCAGCAAGGCCGUCUCUGGAGACGCUAGCCACGGCUGUCACAGAUUGAAGUUCUUACAAAAAAAUGGGUGGAUUGUCAAGUUACAAAUCGUCUCUGAGGUUUUGAACAAAGUCAUUCUCCAACGCAGUCACUCAAAUUUCUGUUUUGUUGUUAAUGAAGUAAUUUUUCCUCAAUUAGCAAAUAUCCUGACAAAUGCUUCCCAAGGACAAAGUGGGUACAAAUUUUAACAGUCAAAGUGCCGGGAAUUCCUCUGUUUUAACUUGCUGAGGCGAGCUUGUAUUCUUAGUUCCUGCAAUUGCUAGUUUUUUUAGGAACAAUUUUGCUGGAAAUUGCGAGUGGUUGUGGUGGUUGUCAAUUAAUUGUGAAUAAUUUUCUUUUGGA